AUGCUACCUUACGCCAAUCUACAAGAAGCAGAGACAGCUCUUGGGAGGGAGCUAAGUGGAGCUGAGAAAUUAUGGUUCAAAUAUUCUGCAAAACAACCCGAUUUUCUUCUUUAUUACCAUAACCUCCCCUUAUUUUUCUUAUUUUACACUUUGGCCCCUCUCCCCUACAUCCUCGUCCAUCUCCUCUGCUCCAAAAAGACACAAAUUUACAAGCUUCAACCCAAGAAUUACACAUUUUCGGACAUGCUCACUUGCUACACUCGUGUUAUUCGAACUUAUCUCCUCACCGUCGGCUUCUUGCAAGUCUUCUCUUAUCCCGUCGUGAAGUGGGUUGGGAUCCGAACCAAUUUAGAGUUGCCGAGCGGGUGGGAAAUGUCAUGUCAAAUACUUGUAUACUUCUUAAUAGAGGACUACUCAAACUACUGGAUCCACCGGUUACUGCAUUGUGAAUGGGCGUACGAUAAGAUCCACAGAAUGCACCACGAGUUCAGUUCUCCCAUGGCGCUCGCCGCACCCUACGCUCACUGGGCUGAGAUUUUACUGCUCGGCCUUCCUUCGUUUCUCGGCCCCGCCAUCGUCCCCGGCCACAUCCUCACCUUCUGGCUAUGGUUCGUUUUACGACAAAUUGAGUCAAUUGAAACGCAUAGCGGGUAUGAGUUUCCAUGGAGUCCUGCAAAGUUCAUUCCAUUUUAUGGAGGAGCAGAGUAUCAUGAUUAUCAUCACUACGUCGGAGCUCAAUGUGGAAACAAUUUCGCAUCGGUCUUCACCUACUGUGAUUACAUCUAUGGAACCGACAAAGGCUAUCGUUAUCAAAAGGCUAUCUUCAAAAAGGCGAAGGAGAAACUGUGAGAAAUGAAGAGCAAACUUCCCAAACAAAGCCCAAAAACUGAAUAUCAUUUUGUUGCUACUACUUAGUAAAUAACAUGACAUGACAUAGUAUUUAUUUUCUGGAAAUUUUUUUGGCUCUCUAAAAUAAAAGCUAAUCAGAACUACUUUCUACGAGUAUUAUUGCAAAAACUUAUGUGCUUUGUGCAAUUUAUAUA